ACAAAAAAUAUUGAUUGAAAUUAGUAAUCAAAGGCAUAAAAAGAAAAUGUAAAAUAAAGUCGGGAUGUCGUUCCAUCGCACUCGCACUUGUCAGCGGAUGUAUUUUAUAGCGCAGCUAAGAUGGCGUUCCACCGAGUGGAAUAUACUUGUUAGAAAAAGCGUGUGAAAAAAAAUGCCGCGGAAAGCUUGAGAGUAACGCGUGCGGACUUAAGUGAAGUUUUAGUGAUCCAGUGAAUCUUCGUCACUCCAUCAUGCAUUUUAGGUGAAAAGAAAAUUAGGUGGCGAGAUGAAAAUGAUGCGUACAUUAACCCGAGUGACAAGGCUUGUUCGCUGAUCUUCGGACAUUGCGGAGAACCGUGUUCGUUGAGCGGCGAACGACGCUAUGGCGUCCAUCGGACGUGUGUAUGUGUGUGUCAUUAUUUUUAAUCCGCAAUUAACAGCUAAUUAAGCAGUCGUAAACGCGGAUUACAAGUAAAAUCAAACUUGUGUAAGAUUUGAAUUGACGCCGGUUACAAAACUAGACGACUUCCUAGUGUUAAUCAUUGAGCCGGAUCGGCUCGUCCAAAAACAAACAUUCUGGGUUGCUUUUAAUCUCUCUGUUUGACAGUUCCUAUUCUGAAUAACUUGGAACAUUAUGAAUAUCUUGUCACUACUUGGUCAGUUACGUUGUCAGAAACCAAGUUGUACCUUUGCUAUAACCCUUUCAUUUAACAGUAUGGUCUAAGUCGUUGCCGUUCGAGUUUGCCCGUCAGCUUAAGAAUGUGACUAAGCUGAUCUCUCAACAAGUGUGUUUAAUUACAAGUGUCUUAGAGCAUUAAAGAACAUAAAAUUAAGGAUAAAUAAUAUAAGUGAUAUAUAAAAUAAUUUAAUUGCUAGUGUUAUGAAAAAAAGUGUCAAGACAUUCCAUGAUUUCAUACAAAAUUUCAAUAAAACACACUGUGACUUAAUGAACUUUGCACAUCAUGUCAAAUAGUUUGGACAGUUUUUUAACACGUAUUGGGGAUGUCACUAUAGAACGUGUGACUCCUCGUUCAGGCUCUAAGCCUAAUGAAACAAUGAUGUCUAAUGAAACUUCAACAAAUACAAGUAUGAACAAUGUAGAACCUCAAACAGGAAAUGAUGAAAGUUCAGAGGAAUCUAGUGGUGAAACAUCUGAUGGAGAGCAUGAAAAGAAAAAUGAUGCAUUACAAUCGGAAGAAAUAGAAGAAAUACGGUCUGAAGGAUCAGGGGACGAUAUGGAUUUGGAUGAAACAAUUGAUUCACAAAUUGGAGUAAGAGUGGAAUCAGAACAUCAGCAUCAUUCUCAACCUGAAGAGGAUGACGAUGAACCAGUUAACAUUUUGGAUACUUUGCCAUUGGAAGGAGCUCCAAUAGAGGGCCAGGAAGUGUCAGAAGCAGAUUUACUUGGAAAACCAAUUUCAAAGGACACAGAUGACGAAGGGAGCAUAGGACAUGAAAAUGACAAACACGAAGGUCAUUCUAUGGAAGAAGAAAAUGUGGAAAGUAACAAGAGGCAUGCUGAUUCAGAACAUUCUGAUUCAGCUAAAAAGAAGCAGAAAAAAGAUGAUGGAAAUGAUGGAUCUGCUUCAGAAUGUGAAACAAAGGCAGAAAAGAAGUUAGCAAACAUGAGAAGAAAUAUUAGAGAAGUUAUGGAUGAAACUCAGCUUGAUGAAGCCACUCUGUCAGCUCAGAGGCAAGAAAUGGAACGUCUUCGACGAGUACAGGAGCAGCAAAGAAUUAUUCGCGAAGUACAAAGACAGAUUGCAAUAAAUAGACAAAAUAAUAAAACGCAAACAAGGGUAAUCAGUCUUUUACAAGGAAAACAAAAUCAAGCAGGUACUAUUAUUUCACAAUCAUCUUCGUCGUCAUCUCCAUCUGCACCAGUUCGUUUACCAAAUACAGUGCUUCUUAAAGUAAAUUCUGGAUCUGGGACUGUAUCUCAAACCACUUCUAAUAUGCAAGCAAGUCAAAUACAAAGAUCGGUAGAACGAUCUCGUUGGCAAAAAGGUAGAGGUGCUUACCAAGGGGCACAGACAUCAAUUUCUAGAGUUCCAAGCCGUCCUAUUGGUCCUAAUAUGUUACAACAAAGAAUCCGAAUGAUGACUCCUUCCGUGAGCAUAUCACCCGUGGUCCCUAAGAAGGAACCAUUGGAUAGAUCUGAAUAUUACUCAGAUUCCGAAAUUUCUGACAUAGAAGCUGAAGAAGCUUUGCGGGAGAAACAAAUGCAUACCGCUAAAAAAAUGUCAGCUGGACCAAAGUCCCAGAAAUCAGCUAAAGGCAAAGACGUGGUUACAAUAUCUAGCUCUAGCGAAAGUUCGGAUGAUGAUUGCAUAGUUUUAAGUGAUCCAAGUGGAGAAGAAGAAACAGACAACGAAGAUGAUCCAUCCAACUCCGGCAUGCAUACGAAUGAUAGAUAUAACAUUCCAGAUGAACAUGGUAGAGUGUUAAUUAAUGUGGGUCAUCCUGAAACUGAACCUGAUGUAUAUUUAGCUCCACAGGUAGCUCGUAUUAUUAAACCUCAUCAAAUUGGUGGUAUUCGCUUUCUUUUUGACAAUAUUGUUGAAAGUAUUGAAAGAUACAAAACUAGUUCUGGAUUUGGUUGUAUUCUAGCUCAUAGUAUGGGUUUAGGAAAAACUUUACAAGUUGCUAGCUUUUGUGAUAUUUUUUUUCGAUGUACUACAGCUAAAACAGUUCUUUGUAUUAUGCCUAUUAAUACUUUACAAAAUUGGUUAGCGGAAUUUAAUAUGUGGUUACCAUACGAGGAUCCAAAUGCCCCAGAAAAACUUAACAAGGGCUCAAGUGUUAAAUCAGAAUCUGGUGUAGAACUUAAACAAGAAAUUAAAGAUGAAUAUAUGAAUCAGAGUGAUGUAUCAAAUAUGUCGAAUAUGUCGAAUAUAUCAAGGCCUAUUAGUACGGAGUCAGCUCAUCGUUUCGGGCAAGAAAGUACAUCUCAAUCUAUGAACAUCAUGCCAGAAAAUCCUUAUGCCCAUCAAGGAUAUGAAACUCACAAUGUAAUGCCUGGUUACGUGCAAGAUAAUAUGUUGAAUAAAAAUAUGCCAGAUUCACAAGUACAUAUGAAUGAAAACUAUCAGAAUGAUCUUGCGCAAAAUACAUUAUAUAAUACAAAUCCUAAUUCAAUUACCAAUUUCGACUCGAUGAAAUCAGAAGUAAAUUGUCAUGGUAUGCACCAGAGAUCCAAUCUACCGGAAACGAAGUUUGGAGUAGAAAAUCAGAAUUCUGGCAAUAUGUAUCCUGGUUUGGAAAGCAGGCCACAGGCUCCUGUAUACCCAGGUAUGGAGUCGCGAAAUACCAAUACUAUGUAUCAUGGGGCAGAAAAUCACCAUGAAUCAGUGUAUCAAAAUUAUGAUAAUUCUACCAAUACCUUCCCUAAUUAUGCAAAUCGACCAAUGCAAGAAACAGAUUUCGAAUCGAAAAAAGAAUGUUUUAAAAAUACUGCAACUCCUUUGAAUCCAUCAGAAAUAAAUGUAAAAAAAGAACCAGAAGAAACGAUAAAAAAAGAGGAAGGUACUUGCACAACAAAGGAGGAGGUAGUAAAUGAAGAGAAAAAAGAAGUUGAAAAAGUUAAAACCCCAUACAGUGUAGAUGCUCCGAUAGGUAUGGAAGUAAGGCCACGACAUUUUCGUUUACAUAUUUUAAAUGAUUCUCAUAAAACUAUGACAGCAAGAGCCAGAGUAAUCCAAGAUUGGCAAGUAGGAGGCGGUGUUUUAUUAAUUGGAUAUGAAUUGUAUAGACAGUUAUCUCUGAAAAAACCACACAAAGCAAAAAGAAAGCGCGGACAGCCUUUUAAGGACACCGUUGAUGUCGAGGAAGAAGACAAAAAUAAGGGACUAUUAGAUGAAAUGCAUUCAGCUCUGGUUAAUCCAGGACCUGAUUUAGUUAUAUGUGACGAAGGUCAUAGAAUAAAAAAUUCUCAUGCUAGUAUUAGUCUGGCCUUAAAACAAAUGCGCACAAAACGCAGAAUUGUGUUGACUGGUUAUCCAUUACAAAAUAAUCUCUUAGAAUAUUGGUGUAUGGUUGAUUUUGUGAGACCUAAUUAUCUAGGAACAAAAAAUGAAUUCUGUAACAUGUUUGAAAGGCCAAUUCAAAAUGGGCAAUGUAUUGAUUCAACACCACAAGAUAUAAGAUUAAUGAGAUACCGUGCACAUGUUUUGCAUGCUUUGUUGGAGGGUUUUGUACAAAGAAGAUCUCAUUCUGUAUUGCAGAUUUCUUUGCCGCGUAAGGAAGAAUAUAUUCUUCUUGUUAGAAUGACACCGCAUCAACGGAAAUUAUAUGAUACAUUUAUGAAUCAAGUAGUUAAAACACGUGCUGUACCUAAUCCAUUAAAAGCUUUUGCGGUAUGUUGUAAAAUCUGGAAUCAUCCUGAUAUUUUAUAUCAUUUUCUACGGAAAAGGCAAGCUAAUGAAGAGGAUGAUCUAGAUCUAGAAGAAACAAUCGGUGAAAAAUCUACUCCCGGAGGUAAACGCUCGAAAGCUCGUCAGACGAAAGGAGAAUCGAAGAAAGGAAAGAAAACGAAUACAACUAUAAAAAAUAAACCUGCUGCUAGCGUACAACCUAAUGCCUCUUCGUCAUCUAAUGCUGACAAUGCAGAGUCUGAUAACUCGCAUGCCACUUCAAAGCAGAACAAUUAUUCUAAUUACCCCAUGUCAAUGAAUAAUUCAGGAUAUCCGAAUUCUGUACCGCAAAAUUCAUAUUCUCAUGGCUAUCAAAAUUAUCGAUCAAAUGAUCAAACCACCUAUUACAGAAACGAUAGUAAUCAGGGAGAGUACAAUGAAUUUUACAAUAAUCAAGGUUCGCAGAGGUAUGGAAAUCAAUCAUUCCAAACAUAUGCACAAACUCCAGGAUACAGUACUUCACAAAACUAUCCUAAUCAAUCACAAAAUUACAUGCCAAACAAUGAGCAGUCUACCAAUAAUCAUUCACAAAGGUACACAGCUACCCCUGCUAAUUCAGAUUUUCGGCCGGAUCAGAGUCAAGGAAACAAUUAUGAAGUACCUGGAAUGUUUUCACGUCAGUCUUAUACCUACCAAGAUCAUGGACGUAAUUAUGCACCAAAUAUGAAUCAGGGUUCUAAUAAUUAUCCUCAAGUUCAGAAUCAAUCUUCCUUUCAAUCACAGUUGCCAAAUCAAUCUCCAAAUAUGCCAUUAUCGGAUUAUUCUUCGUAUACACCAAAUCAGACUCAAAAUUACAAUUCUGCAACAGGACAAACAAAUCCAAUGUAUUCGCGAAAUGAAACCCAGCCAUUACAAAACUCUACCCUAGGAUAUGGUGCGAGUCAACAAAAUCAAAAUUCAACACCUCAAACUCCAACUGCUGGGUAUCUUUCGAAUCAACCAGGACAGAAUACAACAUCUGGUCAAAGUCGCGGUUUUGAGUCUAAUCAGCAGAAUCAAAAUAUUACCAUACAAAAUUCUUCUCAUACUUACACAGGUUCACAGUCACAAAAUAUACCAUUGCCUAAUCAGUCCCACAACUAUCCACCACAAGUGAACUCUAAUCCUUCGUCACAAACAUCUCUUGCUUUUAAUCAGCAAUCUUCAAAUUCGAUACCACAAAAUCAGUCUCAUUCAUAUAUGACAAAUCCCACGAAUCAAGCCUCGAUUCCACAAAAUCAAAUGCGCGGAUAUUCUACACCAGCUCAGAGUCAAAUGAACAUGCCACAAAAUUCAUCUUCGUACUCUCCAAGUCAAUCAGCAUCAAAUGCUCCUACUCAAACACAUGGAUACUCCCAAGAUCAACAAGGGCCAGUUUCAAAUGCACAGAAUACUAUUCAUGGAUACUCUCAUCUUGUAUCUCCAUCAGCACCACAAAAUCAAUCUUCAUACCCACCUGCUGUACAGAACCAGACUGGAGCACCAUCAGGUACAAACCAUACAUAUAGCUCUAAUCACCAAAAUUCAGCAUCAAUGCCACAAGCUUCAGCACAUAGAUAUGGUACUUCUCAACAAGGACAGAUGCCACAAUCUCAAAAUCAGUCACUUUCGUAUUCUCAAAAUCAACAAACAUCAACCUCCACAUUGAGUCAAAAUGACCAACUGUAUCCCAGGGCAGAUAAUCAACAACAAGCACAAAAUUAUACACCAACAGCAAAUACUUCUCACGAAUUUUCAACUGAUCGUCAAAGUGGAAGUUCAAACACUAAUUCGACAAAUAAUUAUCCAGUAAAUCAAUCUCAAUCACAGAACACUGUUUUAUCAAAUUAUCCAUCAGACAGUACGCAUCAGAAUCAAGUGGGUCAAAUGAAAGGACCAGAAGAUUCUUACUGGCAAAGAAACUAUUCUCAGCCAUUUCAAACUGAUCAAUGUAAUGAUCCAUAUUAUCGAGAUGUGAAUCCAAAUGUGAAUCGUUAUCAGAACAAUUAUUUUCCAUCACAAAAUUAUCAAAAUCAAUCUUACGAUUAUAGUAACAAUCAUAAUUCAGAUGUUAAUACACGUUCGGAUGAUACAAAACCUCCGCAAUCUACCAUUCACAUUCAAAACUCAGGACAACCUGAGAAAAAUAGUAAAGAGAUGACAACGAGCGUUGGUGUUCAAAGUCAACCAAUACAUCAAAGUAAUCUGUCUACUAGUUCGGGUUAUAGUUCUGAAUCAAAUUGUCAGACUCCAGGAUCUAGAUCUGUGCAAAAUAUCAGCACAAUACAUAGUCCAAGAUUGAAUCAGAAUGAUCUAAUAAAAGAAGAAGAGAAAGAUAAGGACGAUUUAUUGGAUAAAGAUAAAGAAGAAAAAUCGGACGAUGAAAUUCUUACAAAGGAUGAAGAAAAGGAUUGUAAAAGUUCUCCAGGAGUGAAAGAAGAUCCUGGAAUUCCAUAUGAUUGGGCAACAGAGCUAAUGAAAGCCUAUGUACCAGGAUUAAUUGAUGCAUCUGCAAAAAUGACAAUUUUCUUUUGUAUUUUGGAAGAAGCAAUUAAGCUUGGCGAUCGUGUUUUAGCAUUUUCUCAAUCAUUGUUUACGUUGAAUCUCAUUGAAGAUUUUUUAGCUAGAAAUAGUUUGAAGCAUCCAGAUGGACAAACAGAUGCUUGGAUCAAAAAUGUAAAUUAUUAUAGACUGGAUGGAAGUACUAGCGCUCUAGAAAGAGAGAAGCUUAUUAAUGAAUUUAACAAUAAUCCAAAGAUUCAUCUUUUUCUGGUUUCAACGCGUGCCGGUUCACUCGGCAUUAAUCUUGUUGGCGCGAAUCGUGCUAUUGUCUUUGAUGCUUCCUGGAAUCCUUGUCACGAUACACAAGCUGUCUGUAGGGUGUAUAGAUAUGGACAACAGAAACCUUGUUUUGUUUAUCGUUUGGUUACCGAUAAUUGUUUAGAAAGGAAAAUAUAUGAUAGGCAAAUUAGUAAACAAGGAAUGGCUGAUCGUGUUGUUGAUCAGUGCAAUCCAGAUGCUCAUCUCUCGUUGAAAGAAGCAACUACACUAUCUUGGGAUUGGGAAGAGGAUAGUCAAGUACAAGAUUUUUCUCAAUCUAAGGAUAGUUAUACCGAUGAAGUCAUGCAUCGUGUAUUGGAACGACACUCUUCGUUACUUACCAAGCAGCCAUUUCAUCAUGAAAGUCUUCUUGUUGAUAGAAAAGAUAAGAAGCUUAGUCAAGCCGAAAAGCGUUUGGCUCGACGUGGUUACGAGCUUGAAAAAAUGGCUGCUAAUUGUUCUAGGCCUAGUUAUAACUAUGUGCCCGGCAACACUGCAACUCGGGCAGGUGGAUUACAAAUCAGGGCAAUUAGAGGCGGCGACAGCAGUACCACUUCUAAACCAGUAGCUUCGGUUAGACCGAUGCAACAACGCGGGGCUGAAGGUUUAGGUUCACGUGGCGUAACGGGUAGUAGAUGGAUACCAGCAGAAGUAUGGCAGAGACAAGGAAUGAGUGCACAAGAAAUGACGUUACCUUUGGAUGUCGUCAUUCCUACUAAUUCACCUGAUAAAGGAAGUAUCGUAUUGAAAGCAGGUCAGCGGGUAAUGGUAUUAAAAAGUCCAAAGGGUAUUUAUAUGCAAUUAGAAUCUGGUAAAAUUAUUGCUAUUCGAACGGCUCUCAAAUUAAAUCAACAGAAACGGGACGAAGAGCCGAAAAAAGGUGUAUCGUCAAUGGUCCAGAGGAAUUCUAAACCCGAAGUUGGGUUUCCACUAAGAAAUAAUUCAGCCAUUUCUAUAAUACCGAAAUCAUCUUCAAGUAAUCCAACGAGUGCUCGUUCAGUCAAUAAACCAGGGGGUGGUCCUAAUUACAGACCAUUUGCUGAUAAAGAAGCUUCGAAAAGACCAAAACCAGUGGCUACCGCGACUGCCAAACCUUAUUUGAGUCAAGUUAAUUUAACCAACCAGGUCUCCUUGUCGAGGUUACCAAAAGUAAAACAGGAACCAGUAGAUCAUUCAGCACUUGGAGAAAAUUCCAAUUCUUCGGAUGGUCAGGUUAGAACCGAACAAAGGGUAGAAGAAGUUAGAUUAGAGGACGUGGUUGCGGAAGUGAGUUCCAACACAGACUAUAGCCCUUCGAGUCAUAACCGCAUGACCAAUUCAGAUACUGACAGCUCUUUACAAAAGUCAUCCGAGGAAAAUAGCCAAGUGUACUCUUCGGAUUCUGUAACUGCGCAAGGAGUUCAAACACAACACGAUCAAACAGAAACGGAAUUAACAUCAAAGAUUGAUAAACAAUGUUCUCCUUCUAUUGAAAAGGAAGUCACGAAAACAUCUGAUACAUUAGCAAAUUAUGGACAUGCUUUUCAAACUCAGCAAGAGAAAAGAGAUACGCCUAACGAUGAAAUUAUAAUUGAAGAUCCACCGCAAGUACCGCCUCAAAUGCAGUCGCAACUAUCAUCACAGUUACCAUCGCAAGUACCAUCGCAAAUACCGCCACAGGUACCACCACAAGUAUCACCGCAAAUACCAUCGCAGGUACCAUCACAAGUACUGCCGCAGGCACCAUCGCAAGUGCCAUCGCAAAUAUCGCAGCAGGUACCUCCUCAGAUAUCAUCGCAAGUACAACCACAAAUACCAUCACAGAUGCCACCUCAGUUAUCAUCGCAAGGACCACCACAAAUUCCAUCACAAGUCUUAACGCAAUCGACACCAUCGACUCCAUUAUCAUCGUUGUUAUCACAGCAGCCUUCACCUUCAAGUAUGCAAGUACCACCAACGCCUACGUUACGGGGCACGGAAGUUCCUAAAGGUAUAACAGACUCAACUAUUGGCUCUUCUGCUCCAUCUGUCUGUACUGGAACUAAUACUAUAACAUCUCCAAAAACAGUAGAACCAAGUAUGCGCGAAACGUCUAUACAAAGUGAACCUCCUAACAUGCCGCAAGGUUACCCGUAUGCCCAAUAUCCUCGGUAUUACGAUUAUAGUGAUCCUCGAUCACGAUCGUUGUCUACUCCUUAUGGAACAUAUUUCCCCGGUGUUCCACCUCAUGCAACAAACUCAAGAUUACCAAUUGACACAGCUAAACCACAACCAGAUUUAGGAAAGCCUAUAGAAGAGAGGACAAUGAUGAAUGUGCCUCCUGCAUAUUCACAAGUACCUAAUACUACUGCCAAAACAUUAGCGAACACAACAGAAACGAAAAGUACAGAGACGAUUGCAACUACAACAGUUGCAAGUGCUCCUAGUAGAGAAGAUACGCAUAUACCUACGGCGUUUAGUCAUCCCACGAGUAGUCGUUAUCCUGGACCGUAUCCUCCAGGACCGUAUGAUCCAUACACACAGCAUUAUCCUCCAACGCCUGCUUCUUCAGCAGCUUAUCCUCCAGGUGUUUGUGAUACAGGUGCUCCUGGAUAUCCAACAUACGGCGGGCCGAGUUACAAUACAGAUUACGCUCGCAUGUAUACGGCAUUUCAUGGUCCUCCUCCACCAACAGAUCCUUAUAUCCAUAGAGGUUAUGCACCUCCAUCUUCACACCCACCUAAUUAUUAUCCUCCAUUCCCACAUCCACCACCGCCUUAUCCGAAUUAUUCAUUUUUAUCACCAUAUCCAAAUCCUAACAUGCCUAGCGAGCCACAACCACCUGCUCAGUAGUAAAUUUAAGUCGCAUUACCAUACUUGAUUAGUUUAACAAUAAUUUCAUAAAAUGUCGCAUAUUGCGAAAGUUUUGAAGGCUGUCGCGAUUCAGAAGCUUAAUAGACUGAAGCUGUAAAACGCAUUGAUGUAAAUAUUUAGUCACAAGUAUUAUAUUAAGAUAAUCAAUUUUCGCAGGUACUUCGAUCGUAAGUACUGAAUUUAUGUCGAAGGAGAGGAGAUAAUCUCACUUAACUUUGAACUGUGCAAUUUGUUGAAAUGUUCAAAAUAUUUAGCCCUGACUGUCAUACCGUUUUACGAUGCGUCUAUUCGACUAAAAUGAUAUAUCAAUGUUCAUAAGUGUACAGAUGAUUUCUCAGUUUAAUAUUCCAUUAUCUGAUAAAAGUAUUAACAUUUAUUAUAUUUUAUUUUCAUUUUAUAAAUUUGCAAUGUGUAAUUAAUACGCAAUUAAUUAAUCAAAUUAUUUGAAAAUGGUUUUAAUAUACAUAUAUAUAUAUAUAUAAAGUUUUCAUUACUUACAAUUAUUUAUUUUUAACAACAAUCAAUUAAAGUUGAUUAAUGGGUAUCAACGGAACUAGGAGUAUAAAAUGAGAAAUAAAUUUGUACCUUUUACACAAGUAAACAUAAAGAAGAAAGGAAUGCUGUAUUCUAUUCUUAACUUUAUGCAUAAAUGCUAUUAAAUGCUACAUUGAUCAGAUUUUUAUAUUCUGAGAGGAAAAAGAGGAAGGAAAUCAUUUUAAUCAAGCACAAUACUCGAAAGAUUAUAAAAUGUAAGAGAAAGGAAAAUGUACUGUUUAUAAAAUUUUAUACAUCAGCAUUCCAUCUUCAAUUUCAUAUACAUUUGAAAUAGCAAUAUAUUAUAUCGCUUUAAAAUCUAUCGAUUUUUGUUUCUCUAUGUUAAUGGAAGAAGAGUGAUGUAGAUUUUAUAACGAAAUAAUAUUAUUUAUAGUGUUUAAAAAAUACUAAUAUCUGGGACAUUAUUUGCUAAAAUAAUUUAAUACUUUUAAUGUUUCUACUAUAGUACUAUGUAUUUUUUAUAGUACUUUUUAAUUAUAUAUUAUUAUAUAAUUCGUCACUCUUCCAUAAAAGUAAAUUGUACAUCGCGCAUCGUUUAGUUUCCGUGUUUUCAACGAUUAAUCUUUGAACAGUAAAAUUAGGCUUCAUUUAUAUAAUAUGCUCUGAAUCUGUGUAACACUUCUGACUUUUUACAUACAUUAUACGUACAGUAUUCACUCGAAACAUUUAGCAGCCAGUAUACAGUUUACAGCAUCCUUAGCAAGUUGUAUAUGACUACGUAUUAUUAUUAAACGUUACAAUUUCUGAAAUAGAUAAUCUCAUAGUAGAGUGUAGGAUUGUUGUUAACUAGGAUGUCUUACAGUUCAUGACUGUCUUGGAUUAUGAAUAAAAGAACGAUAGGGAGAGCCAUGAUUUUCAGAAGCGACUUCUCAAACUCGGAACUGUGAUAUUUUGUCAUAAUCUCGUGUAACAUUUUUGCUUGUAUAUUUUUAUUUAGGAUCAAAGUUAUGCUUUGAUCCUACAUGAAACUGAUAGAAGUGAGAUGUAACAAUUGAGAUUGUUAGUGUGCUGGAUUGGAAUUGUGCAUUUAUGUUAACAUAAGUUAAUUGGGAGUACGCGCACGAGAUCUUUAAUCAAUUUUCCAAGUGGGACAUAGAGCCGCAUGCGUGUUUAUCAUGGUGCUCCCUUUAAAUAUUAUAGGCGAAUUAUUGUAGAGAGUAAGCAAUCAUGCUGGAUACUAUUAGUAUGUGUUUCUCAGUGAAUCUGUCACGUGUUUGCGUCUUGCGAGAAACACAAGCAUCUUACAUGUUGGUACGUGUUAUAGUUGCACGUUUUCUAGGUUCUAAGUGUACAGGUAUUACGUGACGCGACAUUCACGUAAGAUGUAAUUUUGCAAACAAGCGACAGAAUCUAUUGCAAAAUACAUACGAGAUUAUAUUUACGAAAGAUAAAACAAUUAUUUUGUCUCUGUUAUAGCUUUUUUGCCAUUUACAUACUUGUAAAUACCCAUUAUUUACAUUUCAUACUUUAUUUAUUAUUAUACAUUAUCCAUUAAUAUCGCUUUUUUGAUGUCAGAGUAUUGCUCUUAUGUAAAAUAAAUUGUUUACACUGAUCAAGAUUGUUUUUGAUUGUAGUAUUGUUAUGCAGAGAAAUUGAAGCAUAUAUAUGUAUAUAUAUAUAAUUGUUUGUAUAACAACGUUUACCCUUACAUCUGACCAACCAUCUAACUUGGAAAUAACAUAUGGUGCAUGUAGAUGCGUAGAAUUAAAAAACCUAUUAUUUACAUGUCAAAAUGAUGUAAUUAAGAAAUAAGUCUACCUAUAAAAAUUUCAACAUCCUUACGGUAGCACAAAGAAAACAUUCUUGAUUAUACUUUCUUCUCUAAGCACAUUAUGUGAUUCACUAUCACACAAGCUAGGUUUAUUGAAAAGUUAUAAUUAAUAUAAAUUCUUAGGAGAAAAUUUCUCAUAUUUUUUUCUAUACAUAAUGUGUCUGUAAUUGUAAUUUUUCCAUA